AUGGUUCUCGUUUAUUUUAGUCUUGAAUUUGGUGUUCGUCAGUGUGUGCGUUUUCGUUCACUUCCUGUUCAGCCAGAAUUGGUUAUUGUAUUUCAGUUAAUUUAUUUGGUCGCUUGCCCUUCUAGUAAGAAUGAGGAUCUUAUAACAAAUAUGCGUCUAAUUCGUAUAGCUUGGGCUGCUUGGUCUCCUUUUGUUGAAGGUCGAGAAAGGUCGGAACCAGCCGAUACAAUCACACUUCAGGUUUUUACAUUUUUCUGCAUGAAAUUUAUUAUUUAG